AUGUCCUUCAAACAGCAAAAUACGGGCAAAUCUGCCCGUAAAAAUGCCGGCAGUCAGAAGCGCUCUGAAUCAUUCAAGAUACAGGCUGAGAGGGAGGCUGCCCAGCCCAAGAGAUGCCAGGAAAGCGUUAGUGCCUAUGCAGGAUUGACAUGGGAACUUCUUGAAAGCUUCUUAUUAGGGAAAUGGCCAAAUGAAGACUUCAAGGGAAAGAAAAUACACGAUUCUUGGGUAUUUGAGGCGCCAGGGCGAUUGACAGAGGAGGAUAGACGAACUAUCAGGAGGCUUAGGGACAAUAGCAUGGCUCAAUCCGACGGUCGACGAAGGUCAAUCACCCCCGAAUAA